AUGCCCCUCAUGUAAGGAGUAAUUUCGUCAUUUUGGAACACCCUUGCUUAACUUCGUUAUCUCAAUCCCAAACGCCCCCUCUCUCUUUCCUGUGCAAGGAGACGGAAACCUGAAUCAUCAUCGGUGAACGGCCACCAAUGCUUCCUAGAUUUCCUCCUCUUUCGAUUCACUACAUCCUCAUUCUAGAUUCCUCAAUGCUCCCUAGAUCUCCCUCAGAUCUAAUGCUGUAGCAAGCAAACCCCUAUUUUCCUCCCAAAUUUGCAGGUUGCUGGAAAAUCAGACUCAGUGUUGGAAAAUGGAUUUUGUUAGUCCAAUUAUCGGUCCUAUUGUUGAAUCUUUGUUGGUCCCUGUUAAGAAACACUUGGGUUUCUUGGUAUCCUCAACAAAGUAUGUUAAGGAUAUGAUCAAGAAAAUGGAUCAACUAGAAGUCACAAGGAAAGAAGUUCAAGAUGAAAAGGACAAGGCAGUUGUACACACAGAAGUAGUACCUGCUCAUGCGGAGCCAUGGCUGAAAGAAGUUGAAAAUUUAAAUGAAAAACGUAAUUUAAUAGAAGCAACCGGAUGCUUCAACGUGACAAAGAGAUACAAAGUAGGAAAACAGGCUUAUGGUAUUCUCGAGGAGAUAAAAGAUCUCGAAAAUCAAAAAUCCAACAUCGUGUUUACUCAUGAAAAAAUACCUCUUGCUGAGGUUCGUUCUACUCCUAUUGGGUCAUCCACCUCUGCACCGGUUCCUAUGGGUACCCAAAACAACUUCGAGUCCAGAGUUUCCGUAUUCAAUGAUGCACUGCAAGCCCUUCAAUCAAAUAACGAGUCCCAAAAGAUGAUUGCUUUAUGUGGGAUGGCUGGUGUCGGCAAGACCACAAUGAUGGAACAGCUAAAGAAGGCUGUGGAAGAUUCAGGAACAUUCGAUUGGGUCGUGAAGGUGGUUAUUGGGGAAAACAACGACCUAAAAUCUCUUCAACAAGCUAUUGCAGAAUACAGUGGUGAGCGUUUAGAUGAAACAACUGUAGAUGCGAGGGCUGAUCGUCUUCGUAAGAUGUUUGAGGCGAAGUCACAACAAGGCCAAAAGAAGAAUUUGGUAAUAAUGGAUGAUAUUUGGAAGAAAGUCGAUCUCACUAAAGUUGGACUAAGUCCUCUACCAAAUGGGUUCAAGUUGUUGUUUACAUCACGAUUUGAAGAUGUUUGCCAUAAUAUGAGGGUUCAAGUUGUUUUUAGAGUACGUGUUUUAAGUGACACAGAAGCAACAACUUUGUUUUUUGAAACUCUGGGACCAUUUCCUUCGGGUGGUGAUGAUGACAAACGUCAAAGAACAGGAGAAGCUAUUGUGAAGAAAUGCAGUGGGCUGCCGAUUGCCAUAGUGACAAUUGCCAUAACUCUUCGCGGCAAAAUAGUCAAGGCAUGGGAAAAGGCACUUCGGCGUUUAGAGAGAGAUGAUCUUGAAGACCUCAAAAGCAUCACAAAUAGCAUAUUUAAGAUGAGCUAUGAAAAUCUGGAAAAGGACGAGGAUAAAGCAAUUUUUCUUCUUAGUGGCUUAUUUCCAGAUGAUUUCAAUAUUCGUACAGAGGACUUGUUAAGGUACGGAUGGGGAUUAAGUAUUUUUAAAGAUGACGAGACUUUCGCAACAACGAGAAGCGAUAUGGAGAUUUGUGUUGAGAAUCUCAUACGUGCAAACUUGCUGACCAAAAGUGAUGAGAACGGGUGUGUCAAAAUGCAUGAUCUUGUGCGUGCUUUUGUUUUAAGUAAUUUUUCAAAAGUCAAACAAGCUUCAAUUGCCAACCUCGACAACAUAUCAGCGAAGCGCCUUGCAAAAAACCCUUAUGAAAGAAUUCUAUUAAAGUGGGCAGGUAUGUCUGGAUUUCCUUCAGACAUUAACUACACAAGCCUCUCACUUUUGAUUUUAAUGGAUGGGUAUGAGCUCUCUAAGUUUCCAGAAGACAUGGCCAAAAUAAUGAAAAAACUUGAGGUUGUGUCUUAUGAGAAUAUGGGUAUUCCUGUGCUUCCGAAGACAUUCGAACACUCAACCAAACUUCGAACACUAUGUCUCCGUUCAUGCUCGUUGACGGGUGAUAUCUCUUCUCUUGGAAAUCUUUGCAACUUGGAAACACUGAGCCUUGUUGAGUGUAACAUAACAAAGUUGCCAUCAGCGAUUGGGAAGCUGAAAAAGCUAAAGUUGUUAGAUUUGAGUGGAUGUGUGGACCUUAAUAUUGAUGAAGGUGUAUUACAAGACUUGAAGGACAGUCUUGAAGAGCUUUAUAUGAGAGCUUUAAAAGGUAGCCCUGUUAAGUUUACACUUGCCAAUUGUGACGAAUUAGAGAAGCUUUCACAUGGUCUUUUUGCUUUAGAGACAGAGUUCAUUGUGAAUAAGCCUAACCUGAAAAAUAUGUCCUUUAAGAACCUUGAAAGGUUCAGGAUAUCUAUAGGUUGUGAGUUGAAAAACAAUGAAAAAUAUUCAUUCAGAAACACACUAAAUCUUGUUGUUGAGUGCAACGAGCUUAAAGAAUGCAAUAUGAGGGACCUAUUUGAAAGAACAGAGGAACUUCGAUUACAAGUGAAGUAUAUGAUGCAUCUUCAAGAUGUUUCAUUGGAUAAAAAAUUUUCCCAGUUAAGAUUCCUUCAUAUUUCAAAGUGUGAAGAAUUGGCAUACCUCUUUACAGUUGAUGUGGCAAAUGGUUUGAAGCAGCUUGAGCGGCUGACAAUUUCCGAGUGCCCUGUUUUGAAAGCACUUAUUGGUAGGAAUAGUGGAGUUGGAGUAGUAACAUUAAAGAAGUUGAAGUUUAUGUCUUUGGAGAAUCUACCAGAGAUGGUAAGUUUGUGUGACAAUGUUAUCCAAUUACCAGAAAUGACAGAGCUAAGACUUGAUGGCCUUCCCAACUUCACAAGCAUUUAUCCAGAUACUACUUCUACUUCUCCAAUGCAAUCAUUAUUCAACAAAGAGGAUGUGACUCCUAAGUUGGAGAAAUUAGAUAUUUCUAAGAUGAAGAAGUUGAAGCAAAUAUGGCCGUUUCAAAAAUCUACUUGUGAGAAAGAUGAAGUUUCCACGCUGCUGAGACAAGUUAGAGUGAGAGGAUGUGAUAGGCUUACAAAUCUUUUUCCAAGAAAUCCAUUUCCAUUAUUGAAUCAGUUAGAAGAGGUUGUAGUUUACAUGUGUGGUUCCAUUGAAGUGUUAUUCAACAUCGACUUCGAAAGUGUUUGUGAAAUGGGGAAACACAGUAGUAGCAGAUUAAGAAAGGUUGAAGGGAAUGGAUUAAGCAAGCUAAAAGAGUUGUGGAGGUUUGAAGGCGUAAAUGAAUCUCAUACCCUCGUCAACAGCUUUAAAGAAGUACAAACCAUUGACAUAGAAGGUUGUGCCAACUUUAAAGAUAUAUUCACACCUACCACAACCAAUUUUGAUUUGGGGGCACUUACCUUUUACCAUUCGGCCCAUAAUAGUGGUGCUUUGGAAGAAAGAGAAAGAACGAAUAAAAUGAUUGAGAGUAAUCACGAGAUUAAUGUCAUACCAGAAGUUGAUGAUUACAUUCCAGAUGUCACAUACCCAUCUUAUCUUCUCCGCACAUGUCAUCACCUUCAACAUCUUGAUUUAUUGGGAGAUGAAAGGGUGGAGGAGGUGGUGUUUGAUAUGGAUAGUCCAACAAGUAGUAGACAAUUAGCAACAAUUCAACCGCCACUACUACUUCCCUACCUUCAAAGCAUACGCCUACGGUCUUUAAAGAAGAUGAGUCAUGUGUGGAAGUGCAAUUCGAAUAGAUUCUUAAUUCGUCAUCAUCCACCUUUGCAAUUUCCAUUCCAAAACCUCACACACAUAUACUUGGAAUGGUGUGCCAAAAUAAAGUACUUGUUGUCUCCUCUUAUGGCAAAAUAUUUAUCCAACUUAAAGAGUGUGUAUAUUUAUGGUUGUGAUGGUAUGGAAGAAGUUAUUUCGAGAAGAGAUGAUGAAAUUACAACAUCUACAUCAGCAUCUUCUUAUCAAGACACCACAUUCUUUCCUCAUUUGGACACCCUGGAGCUUCGAAAUCUCCCAUGUCUAAAGUGUAUCGAUGAUGAAAAGAAUAGUUGGAGUAGGAGCAACAAAAUUUCUUCUAGUGUUACUAAUACCAUUCAUGAUCACCUCCAGAGUGCUCAAGUAACCGGCUCUUAUUGGUCCUUGUGCCAAUACCCCACAAAGCUAUACAUAAGCAGGUGUGAUGCAUUGUCAAGUCUAAUUCCAUGGUAUGCAGCAAGACAAAUGAAAAGGCUUCAAGAGCUGGAAAUUGAAAAUUGCAGUAGGAUGAUGGGGGUAUUUGAAGGAAGUGGUGUUGGUACUUCACCAACAAGUCUACCUCUACAAAACAGUACCACUGUAGCUGUCCCUCAACUCACCAACUUAAAAACUGUGGUUAUCUAUGGGUGUGACCUUCUUCCACAUAUAUUCACAUUCUCCACUCUUAAAACUCUCAGUCAUCUCAAACAGUUGAAAGUAAAAAAAUGCGAGACAAUACAAGUGAUUGUAAAAGAAGGAAACAAAACGUCAUCAGAAGAAGAAGAAGUUGUGGUGUUUCCUAAUCUGGAGACGCUUGAACUUGACCGUCUACCAAAGCUCAAGAGUUUCUUCUUGGGAAUGAAUGACUUCCGAUGUCCCUCUUUGGUGAAUGUUAUGAUCAAUGAUUGCCCUCAAUGGGUGGCAUUUACAUCUGGUCAGUUGGAAACUCCAAAGCUCAAGUACAUACACACAAGCUUUGGCAAACAUAGUCUUGAAAGUGGCUUUAACUUUCAGACCACAUUCCCAACAUCUUCAAUAGGGAUGCCUUUAUCCUUUCAUAAUCUGAUAGAAAUUAAUAUAGAGAAGAGAGAUGUUGGAAGGACUAUUAUUCCAUCUCAUGCGCUGCCACAACUUGUAAAGCUUCAACAGAUUACUAUAGGAAAAGGAUGUGAUAGGCUAGAAGAGGUAUUUGAAGUAGUAGCAGUGGAAGGGAGUGGUUCAAGUGAAUCAAAAACGCUUGUUCCAAUUCCAAACCUAACACAAGUGAAGUUAGAAUGGGUAGAGGAUCUAAAGUAUUUAUGGAAGAGCAACCAAUGGAUGGAACUGGAGUUUCCAAACCUAACAACUCUCUCUAUUGAAUGGUGUGCGAACUUAGAACAUGUUUUUACAUGUUCCAUGGUUGGUAGUCUAGUGCAACUCCAAGACCUAAGUAUAAGAGAAUGCAGGAGUAUAGAGGUAAUUGUGAAGGAAGAAGAAGAAGAAUGGGAUGCCAAAGUAAAUGAGAUUAUCUUACCUCGUCUAAACUCCUUAAAGCUAGAUUAUCUUCCAAGUCUCAAGGGAUUUUGCUUAGGGAAGGGGGCUUUUUUAUUGUCAGCUUUGGAUACUUUAGAAAUCAAAAACUGCCGAUCAAUUACAAUUUUCACCAAGGGACACGUGUCUACCCCUCAGCUAAAAGUAAUAGAUACAGAUUUUGGGAUAUGUGAUGUAAGAACAGAUGUCAACUCCUUUAUAGAGGCCAAACUAGAAGAGGGGCGUAAAUUUUCUGCAUGGGCAUAAAUUCUAGAACGUGAAGAUCAUAUCAUAUGUUUAAUGUACAAGGCUUUGUAAGAUUGUUUGAUUCGGUUUGGUUCGACUUUGAUGCGGGUCCAAGUGUGGAGGAGCGGGCAUUAAAAUGGCUCUAACUUGGGCUACGGGGGUCCGUUUUAGGCGUCCGGGCCAAAAAACGCUUAUUUCUAUCAGUUAUUUAUCUUUUUAUGUUUUUUUCGGUGUUUUAGGCAUUUUGUUUUUCGGCUUGUGUUUGGCCCAUGGCCUUUUUGUGGCCCAUUUCGAAUUUCUGUCAUUAUUUAUAUGUUUCUCUUGUAAGUUGGAUGGUCAGACAUCAAUUUUGAAUGUACUCAAUUUUCACUUCAAA